AGUUGCAUUGAGACGCUCGCACCGAGAAGCUCACAGGAGCAAACGAUCACAGGAUGUUGUUUUCGGUAGCAGCACUAGCAGUGAUUUGGUUCUCGAUAGCGAUACAAUGGUUUUUGAAGCGAAGAAGUGAUUUUGCUAGAAACAUCCCGUGGGUGAAACCAUACUAUCCGUUACUGGGUAAUGGAAUACUGUUCAUCGGAAAGGACGAUUUGCAAAGAUUUUGGAACAUGAAGAAAAUGUUCGAUACUGAGGAAAAUUUAUUCCGAUUCUAUUUGGGACCAAAGACGGUGUUCGGCACAAAUGAUCCCAGCACGGCGCAGCAAAUUCUCACCGAACCGAACUGCAUGGAUAAACCUUACGUGUACGACUACUUUCUGGCUGAUUGCGGAGUUUUUGCAGCGAAAACAAACGAAUGGAAAUGCCAACGGAAAGCUUUAAAUCCGACUUCCAAUAGAAAAGUACUGGAAAGUUACAUACCCACAUUCUGCAGAAUCAACAGAAGUAUGAUCAAGCGGCUGGAAGCGAUUCCGGCUGGUAAGACAAUCAACUUUAUGGAUUAUGCAUCAAGAUUGGCCGUCGAAUUGGUUUGCGCUUCUACACUUGGCUUCGAUAUAAACCAGUUCGAUGAUCCGGAUGGUUUUGCACACAACAUGGAACGAGUUUUCUACGUAGCUUCAAGACGUAUGUUGAACGUGCAUCUGCAGUUGGACGCUGUCUAUCGCUGGACCCAGGAUUACUAUGAGGAGCGCACACUCCGGGACAAGAUGGAAGGAUACGCAAAAAAGAUCUAUGAUAGUGCAGAAAGCCGUUUCUUACAUCCGACAGACACAUCCGAAGAAGAUGAAAAUGGCCAAAGACCACGUAUUCUAGUGCACCAACUAUUCGUCAAUAAAUAUAGAAAAUUUGAGAAAAUGGAGAUUCUCCAUAACAUAUACACGAUCAUCGCAGCCGGGACGGAUACAACGGCGAACGCGGUUUCCUACACCUGUCUACAGUUGGCCAUGCAUCCCGUGCAACAGCAGAGACUGUACGACGAAAUCAUCGAAGUCUUCCCCGAGCCGGAACCGAUCAUCACACUGGAAGCGUUGAAGUGCCUACCGUACCUGGAGAUGGUCCUGAAGGAGUGCCUUCGCCUGUACCCAGCUGCCUGGAUUGUGAUGCGUGAAAAUGUGGCUGAUGUAACGAUCAAUGGACUGCGAAUACCGAAGGGAAACAAAUUCGCCGUCAAUAUCCACAGUAUGCAACGUCGAACGGAUGUUUGGGGAGCGAAUGCAAACAGAUUCGAUCCGGAGAGGUUCAGUCCGGAGCAGAAGGGAAGCAGGCAUCGAUACGCAUUUUUGCCAUUUAGUGGAGGUCGACGGGAUUGUUUGGGGGCACGUUACGCCAUGAUAAGUAUGAAGAUAAUGAUGGUAUAUUUUAUGAAGCACUUCCGGUUUAAAACUGCGAUGCGUGAGGAGGAUAUUCGGUUUAGAUUCGAUGCAUUACUUAGGAUCAAUGGAGGGCAUCAGCUUCAAAUCGAGAGAAGAGGGCAAUAGGAUUUU